UUACUUGCUAAACUAAAAGGAAAUUUACAUUAGCAAAAGGUGCUUUUCGUCACCCAACCAACGCGCUUAAGUAAACCCAGUCCACCGGCGACCAUCGCUUUCGUCUUUACGUCUUCCAUAUAGCAGUCUAGCUUCUCAAUAACUUUAAGAGUCACAAUCUCUCUCUAUACAGCAACUCUUGCUAAUCUUCAUCUAUCAAUCCAUUGCUCCAACCUCUGAUUCUGGAAACUAAUUUCUGGUUCCAAGAGAUUCUUCUGGGGGAGAGAAUUGGGUUCAAUUAGAACCGAUUCUGAUCUAAUCAAGAUGUUUACUCGUAUGUUUGGCAAAUCUAAGCAAGAGACUAAUGCCCUCACCACUAUGGACAAAUUAAAUGAGACUCUUGAGAUGCUCGAGAAGAAAGAAAACGUGCUUCAAAAGAAGGCUUCUGGGGAGGUUGAGAAGGCCAAGGCAUCUACAAGAGCAAAGAACAAGAGGGCGGCUAUACAAUGUUUGAAGCGGAAAAGACUAUAUGAACAACAAGUUGAGCAGCUUGGCAAUUUCCAACUACGAAUCCACGAUCAGAUGAUACUGUUAGAAGGUGCAAAAGCUACAACUGAAACUGUGGAUGCUUUGAGAACUGGAGCAGCAGUAAUGAAAGCAAUGCAGAAGGCAACGAAUAUUGAUGAUGUGGACAAAACAAUGGACGAGAUAAACGAACAAACAGAGAACAUGAAGCAGAUACAGGAAGCAUUGGCUACUCCCAUUGGUGCAGCAGCUGACUUUGAUGAGGACGAAUUGGAGGCUGAGCUUGAAGAAUUAGAAGGUGCAGAAUUGGAAGAACAGCUUCUUCAGCCAGCCUUUGCAGCCCCUGCAGCUCCAGUGCAGGUACUGGCAGGCAGAGUACCUGCUCGCUCUAAACUCACCAAGGAGGAGGAAGAACUUGCUGCUUUGCAAGAAGAAAUGGCACUUUAACCAAGUCCGUUUCUUUUGUUUCUGUUAACUAGGUCUACCAUUUGUCAAUUUUGAAUUGAGGUACCAGUGGAUAUAUUAUCCUAAUAGCUGAUGAAUGUAAGCUAGCUGAUCGGGAAUUGGUUGGAACUGAAAAUUCCAUUUAUAGACUGUGUAUAUUGGAUUAUUUUCUGAGGCCAAUUGAAGUAUUUCCAGGGUAAUAACCGUGUUGACUUGUACUAUUGCUGUAUUAAUUAUUUUCUGAGGCCAAUUUACUCCUAUGUUUCUAAA